CGCAUCGCAUCCCCAACGAUCGUAGGCGAUGGCCGGCGGUGGCGUGGACCGGCUGUCCUCGCUGUCCAACGACCUCCUCCGCCGCAUCCUCCACUUCACCCCACUCAAGGAGGCUGCCUCCACAACCGCGCUCUCCCGGCGUUGGCGAGAGCCGCUCUGGCUCUCCUCGGCCGCCAUAAACCUCGAGACGGGCGUCGCCGAGAAAAAGAAACACCGCCAACGACAAGGGCACGAGCACAACAACGCGCACGCCCGCUUCUUCUCCGGGAGCGACGACUUGGUCUCUGCGGCCACGGGGGCGCUCAACGCGGCCGACGUCCCCGUCACGAGGCUCACUUUAAUCACCUGGUUCCCAGACUAUGCCGAGGUCGCAUCGUGCUACAAAGACUUGGUGGAGGUCGUGCUCUCCCACCCGGCGGCGCACCGCGUCGAGGAGCUCCUGCUCGUCGCCAAAGAUCCUUACGGCAACCCCUAUAAUCGGAAGGUAUUCAACUGCACAGUCACCCUUGACUCCCUUCAGAUGGGGACACUGCGGAUCCUAGAACUCACCAACUGCAGCGGAGUACUAGUCAACCACACGGAGGCCGUGCUCCCACGGCUCUCCUCCCUAAGGCUGAGCCAUUGCACCCAGCAACUAGGAUCCCUCCAACGCGUUAUUGACGCGGCGCCGUCGCUCACUGCCGUCCGACUCGAGUCUGUCUUCAUAACACACGAGGAAGCCAUAGAAGCCACAUGGCGCCACCUCCGAUGCCCCGCCACCACCGUGCUUGUGCUUGACACUUGUGAGUGGGAGGUGACGAUAGGGCCCCAUAGGCACGGCUGGUUCUUUGAGAAGACCGUCGAUCGAUUGAAGAUCGACGCGAUGAGGCUGCGCCGCUUUAGCUACAAGGGGCCACUCCGCUCCUACUCAUUCAGUCCACAGCCUCUCGAGUUUGAACAAGUGGAUCUGGAAUUUUUCGAGCAAGGCUACUACAGGGUAAAGGAUCCAAAAUGGGACUUAGAAACUUUCUGGCGAUUCACUCGGAACUUCACUAGCACCAAGGAGAUGAGGCUGAAGGUGAACCACCUUGAGGAUAUCACCGUCCUCAGUGAGGCAAGGCAGGUCGAGCUCCUGCCGGCAUUCCGCCGCCUCCAGCGUCUCGAGUUUCAAGGAGCACAUUGGACCAAUGACAAGACUGCAGCAGUGACGACCAUCUUGAACCUGCUCCACUGCUGUCCUGUGCUCACUACCGCAAAGUACGAGGAGGAGGAUGCAUCGAAUAAACAAGGGGCACAGAAACAUAAACGAACUACUCGGAAUGAAAUUUUGAUGGCUGCGAUGGUAGGUCCGCGCUACUUAUUCCAAUGCUUGCAGAGCUCUCUGAGGAGAGUGGACUUACAGUUCCAGCUAGAGAAGAAGGACUGUCUUGGUGUCAAGCUGAUAAAAACUUUUGCCGAGAAUGCGAUGGUUCUUGAAGAAAUACGUAUUGACAGUGGAGACGAAAAGUUGUGUGAGCACAUGAAUCCUAGGAUUGCAAAGUGGAACUCGAGUAGGAAAGUGUUCGGGGCGACAAGUUUUGUGGUCUUACCUCUUAAGAUGUGACUCUACAAAAGAGGAAAUAUGGCAUUCGAUGGCUCACCAUAUUUUCAGGAUUACUAUCGAGCGAUCUGAAACAAAGAUUCAUAUCCGUUAAUAAGCUCUUGAGGCAGGGUUGCUGUUGAGGGCGCAUUAUGCGUGCAAUGGCCCAUUGCUGCAACCGGCUCCAGUUCAUCCAGAGCAGGCAUAGCGCAGGAUGAUCGGCUAUCACCUGUGAAUAUGAUGGAAUAAAGAUUAUGUCCCCAUUAGAUAGACUACUAAUGGAGAAUUUUCCGAGUUCCUUUGAGAGAAUCAGAUACUAUCAAACGACCGAGAUCUUCUAUGUAUAAGAAUUAAUGACAAGUCCAAGAUCAUUGGAGAUGAAGAAUUGACAUGUUAGAACAUGUAAUUCAAGGUGGUCCAAUCAGUUCCAUUAGAGUGCGUCUUAGUAAGCC